CAUCAUUUCCUGCAUAACGAGCAGUAGCGGUGCGGCUUGUACAAAUGUUUUGAUAUGUUGAAAAAAAUGCUUUCACUUUCACUUCGAGACUCCAUUGAGUCGGUGGAGACGCUGCAUUCGGAAUAAUAAAACAAAUUGGGGAAGAAACAAGCAGUUAGCAAUAGAAAAGUGACUCAGUAAAUAGAAGAACACUUUAGGAAAGCACGCGAUGGCGUUUAAGUACCCGACUGCGCGAAGAGUUGACAGUAAGGUGGAUGACUACCAUGGAACUCAGAUCAGCGAUCCCUACAUAUGGCUUGAAGACCCUGACAGUGCAGAAACAAUGGCUUAUGUUGAGAAGCAGAACAACCUGACCAUGCCGUACCUGGAGCAGUGUGCUGUCCGGGAACAGUUCCACCAGCGUCUCACUGAGCUCUAUGACUACCCCAAAUACAGCUGCCCUUAUAAAAGAGGGAAGAGGUAUUUCUACUUUCACAACAAAGGUCUCCAGAACCAGGAUGUGCUGUAUGUGCAGGACUCUCUGGAUGGAGCUGCAACUGUAUUCUUUGACCCGAAUAAACUUUCUGAUGAUGGCACUGUGGCACUAAAGAUGGGCCGUUUGUCUGAAGAGUGUGAAUAUUUUGCCUAUGGUUUGAGCACCAGUGGCUCAGACUGGGUAACAGUGAGUUUUAUGAAGGCUGAUGACCUCACCCAACUGCCUGAUGUACUGGAGAGGGUUAAAUUCAGCUGCCUGGCCUGGACUCACGAUGCCAAGGGCAUCUUUUACAAUUGCUACCCACGCCAGGAAGGCAAAACUGACGGCACAGAGACCACCUGCAACAUCAAUCAGAAGCUCUACUACCACGCCAUCGGCAGCAAACAGUCGGACGAUAUUCUGGUUGCGGAGUUUCCAGAACAUCCUAAGUGGCACAGUUCUGUAACCAUAUCAGAUGAUGGCAGAUAUGCUGUUUUGUCCAUCACUGAAGGCUGUGAACCUGUCAACAGGCUGUGGUACUGUGACCUCCAGCAGCUCCCCGAUGGCAUCACAGGCCUGCUGCCAUGGGUUAAACUUGUGGACAACUUUGACGCCCAGUACUCAUAUGUCACCAAUGAGGGAACUGUAUUCACGUUCCGCUCCAACUUGGAUGCUCCUCGAUACUGUCUUAUCAACAUAGACAUCCAGAAACCAGACAGGCAGUACUGGACCACACUUAUUCCACAGCAUGACAAGGAUGUCUUAGGCUCUGUCUCCUGUGUGAACCAGCACCACCUGCUGGUCAACUAUGUUCAUGAUGUGAAAGACAUCCUGCAGGUGUAUGAGCUGUCUACUGGCCUGCUGGUCAUGGACUUGCCCCUGGAUGUUGGCACUGUGGCCGGAGUGAGCUGCAAGAAGAAACACUCUGACUUCUUUUACAAGUUCACCUCCUUCACCACACCAGGUAUCAUUUAUUACUGUGAUUUGAGCGAGUCGAGCCCAGAGCCCAGAGUCUUCAGGGAGGUGGAGGUAAAAGGCAUCAAGCAAGGGGACUAUGAGACCAGCCAGGUCUUUUAUCCCAGUAAAGAUGGAACCAAGAUCCCCAUGUUCUUAGUUCACGCCAAGGACCUAAAGAAGGAUGGGACUAAUCCUGUCUUUCUUUAUGGCUAUGGAGGCUUUGAGGCUUCCAUACAACCGUACUACAAUGUUGCUUACCUGCUUUAUGUGAGACACCUGGGAGGGAUCCUGGCAGUGGCCAACAUCAGAGGGGGUGGAGAGUACGGCCUCACCUGGCACAAAGCUGGCACACUAGGGAACAAGCAGAAUUGCUUUGAUGACUUCCAGUGCGCAGCAGAGUUUCUGGUCAAGGAGAAGUACACCACAGCCUGCCGCAUCGCUAUCAACGGAGCCUCUAAUGGAGGGCUGCUAGUGGCUGCAUGCGUGAACCAGCGUCCAGACCUGUUCGGCUGUGCUGUGGCAGAGGUGGGGGUGAUGGAUAUGCUGAAGUUUCACAAAUUCACCAUCGGCCACGCCUGGACCACCGACUACGGCUGUUCUGACGACCCAGAGCAGUUCAAGUGGCUCAUCAAGUAUUCUCCUCUCCAUAAUCUGCCACAGCCGCCUUACUCUGGCCCUCCCUACCCUGCCAUCCUGCUUCUGACAGCAGAUCACGAUGAUCGUGUGGUGCCUCUCCACACCCUGAAGUACUGUGCUGCCUUGCAGCACGGAGUGGGCAGCAGCCCUGUGCAGCGUCAGCCUCUGAUGGUUAGGGUAGACACCCGCAGUGGGCACGGUGCAGGGAAACCCACGGCCAAGGCCAUCUUGGAGGACACGCACAUCUUUUCCUUCAUCGCUGAGACACUGGGGCUUAGCUGGAAGGAUUGAGAUAAUGACCGGGAAGCAAGGAACAUGAUAUACACAAUGAGUAAGGCUUUUUAAGUGAUGCAUGCUUUUCA